CAGCCCCUGCUGCGCUCACAGGAGAACAAACCACUGCUGAGAGGAAGGAAGCACGGAGAGAGCCGGGGGAGGCACGGCACGGCAUGGCACGGCACCCCUGUCCAGGCAGGGGACCAACUGGCUUGCUGUGGCUCCAGGUGCCUUGAAGAUGAUGUGGGGCAGAGUGGAGGUGGCCCUGACCAGUCUCUGUGCCCUCCUGCUCUGCUGUGGCCCCAUGCUCGCAGGCUGCCGCCAGGUGACCUUCUUCCCAGCUACAUUAACUCUCCCUGCAGGAGGCUCAGCCACCUUCUUUUGCAAUAUUUCCAUGGAGAGUGACUCCAGUUCAGAGUACAGUCUCAAUUGGUACAAGGAGACCAACCACACCCAUGCUCAAAAAAUUGCAGAGAUCAGCUGGAAAACACCCCCUGUGAUGACUGGGAAGUAUCUGCUCACCAACCACACUCCUUCUUUCAAGAUCAAGAUCCUGAACCUUCAGCAGAAUGACUCAGGCUCCUACUACUGUGGGCUGAUCAACUUCUUUGAAUAUCAUAAAGUGAUGGAGAGCAACCGGUCCCACCUCAUAGUCACAGCAGCACCUGAGAAAAUAAAUGCCACUGAUGAGCCUGACAUGGAGGAAGGCAAACCCCUGGACCAUAUCAAAACCAUACUUCUGAGCAUCCUGCUGCAGGCUGGGGCAGUUGUGCUGCUUGUCUUUGGCUACUUGAUUGUCAUGUACAGGAGAGGAGGUGUGAAGAAACCACCAAGUGAAAAUGUGCCAGUGAAUGAAGAUAAGCCACCCGUUGUGUCUGUGUCCACUGUGGACUAUGGUGUGCUGGAAUUUCAGUGCAACCCAUGCCCCCACAUCCCCCCUGAGAUUCGUCUGGCUGACCAGACAGAAUAUGCCACCAUCAUCUUCCCAGAGAAGAAACCUGUCACCCCCGAGUGUGGGAAGAAACACCAGGAGGAGAGGACUCAGCAGCUGCAGUCACAGCCUUGCUGAGGGCUGGGGUCUCUCCUGGCCAGGGGUGUGCAGGCAGGGACAGGCAAGGGACCUGCUGCCCCAGCCCCUUGCACUCACUGCAGUUUGCAAUUGGGAAAAAUCCAGCAUGCAAGGGCUGGAGUGACAGAGGCACUGCUGCUGGAGUUGACACUGGACAGUCCUGGCCAUGGUGGGAUCGUGGCCGUGGGCUGAGAACCAUGGGAUGAGGAAGGGCUCUGCUGGACUCCAUGUGCCACGUCUCAGCUUAGGGCAGGGAGGAUGAGCUGGAGCAGAGCAGCAGUGCCAACAGGUCUGUGCCAAGGGCAUUUUAUGUCAUGCUUUGGUUUUCCACCUCCACUGGGGGGGUCUCUGCAAUGGUCAAGCUGCUUCUCUUUCUUGGGAGUGACCCAACCAGCAAAGCACAACUCUGGGAGUAAAUGCUGGAGCAGAUCCUGGGAGAUGUUACUUGCUGGAGCCCCAGGCUGAGUCUGCUUUGAGUACUGCUCUUUAAACACACCCCUGGAAAGCAGGCAGACGGUUUUCCUCCUCUCUCUGUGCCCUUCCUUCCUCUGCAAGAGGGUAAAUCUACCCCUGCAUCACACUCUUCGCAGGUUGGAGGCAGAUCUGGCCCUGGGGGGGGUUGAAUAAAGAGCUCAGGUCCAGGGAGUUUGCUGUCUGGUGAUGGCAAGGACAGCGUGGGCAGCACACGGCAGCUUCCAGCAGCGUGCGAGGCGGCAGUGUCUGUUGUGGUUCCUGGCCUCUCCUCGUGAUACGCAAGCUGCUCUUCCACAAAGCUGCUCUUAAUAAUUUAAAGAAGCUGUUCUUUUUCCUCUUGCCCCAUCUGGGCUGGUCCCUGGGUGCAGCAGCUGCAAACCAAGCCUCCCCAGCCCCUAUUACCAAGCUGGCUUCAGGGCACUGGUUCCACCAGGAAUGACCCCAGCAGCCAAGGUGGGACCUGGGGGGCCAUCAGCCAAGGCAAAGCUCCCACCAUGGUCCUCAGUGCAGCUUUCUGGCUCCAAAAUUCUGUUUUCCCUCUUGAAAGUGAUGCCAGGGCUGUGCCACCUGCCAGAAACCAGAAUGGAAAUAAAUGACUGCUGCUUGAGAGGGGAGAAACCCCAUCAGAGUGGCUUUGAAGGAAGCAGAAACCUGCCAAGAGGCCAUGAAAGUCAGCGGAAACAGAGGAGAGUCACUUGCAUCUCGUACUUUGGUUGCACUGUCAGCAGUUUUGUUUUUUUCCCUUACGGCCAAGUAAAACCAGCAUAGUGUAGCAGGAACCAACACUGUGGAAAAGGGCUGAGGCAUGCCAGGCACCUCAGUUUGUUCCUUGUGGGGGCUAGGAAGUCCAUGAGAAACACCCAGAUGAACAUCCAUCUGGAAUGGGUUUCACUCUUCCUUGGGGCAGGACAGUGGAUGUGGUGGUCACCCUCAGUCCCAGUGCUGCUGAAGGCUCCUGGUAGCCACCACAGGGAGUGCCAUAAUUCCUACAAUAUUCACUCACUCCAAUGCAUGGCUCAGUGUUUUGGGGCUUUUUACAAGCAGUAGCCCUGGCAGAGAUCUGCUGUGGCCUGUUGGACUCAGCUCAUUCAGAAAGCCAACGUAGGAGGCAGCUGCAGUGGGCAAGAAGCUGGAGCUCAGUCAGCAGUUUUGCUUUUGGCUUUUCUGUCAGACACAACACUGUCAGGAGGGUGGGCCCUGUUUCAUUUUUUCUGCCCGGCCUCUUGAGCAGUGGAAGUGUGAGAUGCCCCAGCUGAAGCCAUGGCUUCUCCAGGAGUGCUCAGGGCUGGGUCCCUUCCCCUCUCUCUGGGCAGUGGUCUGCAGCUGACCAGAGGCUUCUCAAGAAAACUGGGCAGGCAGAUGGAGAUGGAGAGGAAGUCCUUUCCUGCUGCUUGCAGCAGUGUCUUCAAGGAGAACCAUGCCAUGAAGCAGCAAAGCACCGUUCCUGCAAAAUGGGACAUUGUGUUUGCCAGGGGAGAAGAGGUGGUCAGGUCAGGUGGCACUAAGUGCACUUACAAGUGAGGACUGUCCUGGUCACUGGGAGGAC